AGGUGUUAAAUGAAAUCUUGUUUUCUCAACCAUAUUGCAUCAAAUAUUCAUGGCAUUAGAAAAAGUGUGUUUACUGUACACGCUUUUUGACCCACUUCGGCCGCCGUCUUCUCCAUAAGCUCUGCCUCCAAUAGACGAUAAGCAGCCGCCGCCUAAACAGUAAAUCCAUAACUGGGCUAAAGAAUAACCUUAAAACAAAAAAUGCGCAAAAUUUGUCGUUGGAGCCGAAUUGAUCCAAAUUAGCACGGCGUGGGAAGAAUGUUGGGUUCAACAUCUCCUGUGCUCUUUUUACUGCUUGUAGCUAUCGUGCACGUGACUUUCGCAACAAAAGCGAUACCAAGGAGGCGGCUGAAGUUGACCGACAAUGAGGCGAGCCGAGCGGGCUUGGAGCCCCGCGACAAUUUGGUGGAGGAGAGACGCUCUGGAUAUUUGGAGCCGGGAGAACCGGCUGCCGCGUUCACGGUGCCGACUCUGAAUGGGGAGUUUGUGUACCAGCCGGGAGGAGCGGGUUCGGCGGGGGUCUCGUUGGUCAUCCACGCGUUUAGCAACAAGUCGGCUUUCGUUGAGUGUUUGUGGAGUUCCUCGUCGUCCUUGGCCAGUCUCGUCGAGGAGCUGCCGAGUAGCGCUCAGGUGCUCUUCCUCUCCCUGGACGACUCCGCGGCCACGGACGCGCUCUGGAUGCGGGAUAGGCUGCACUCCGUCGCCAAAAAGCACAAUCGAGAGGAGGUUUUGUCCAGACUUCAUGUGUCUCCAGUACCGGUGUUUGCUGUUGGAAACUGGAUCGCCAGCGUCUUGUACUCCUGGGCAUGUACGGGUCACAACUGUGGCCUGUCUCAGGCUGUGUUCACUUCCCAGGGAUGGGAUGUGCCUGUUAUCGUCAAGCGACUGGACGCAAGAUAUGACUGGCUAACAGGUAGCUGGGAAAAGACGAGGUACGAGCUGAAGGACACGGGAGACGGCUGUGAGCCGUGGCCCUCUCUCGGCGGUGCCGUAGCCUGGCUGUCAGAGGGAAACUGCUCUUUCUUCACCAAGGUCCGAAACAUGGCCAAGUCGAACGCAUCUGGCGUGUUGGUCUACGCCCUCGCAGGAAAUGCCAUCCAGGACAUGAACUGCGUGGACACGGAGUGUCUCACGCCACUCGCCCUGCCCGCAGCCAUGGUGCACAACCAGCCAGCCGUCACCCGCAUGCUCAGAUCAGGUUUGGCAGUGAGUGUUUCUUUCCAGACCACGCCGUCUCCCAACUUCUUCAUCGGCAUUGACCAACAGGGGGCGCUGGCCGAGCUCGGUUGGUUCCUCUACCCCUCCUUCAGCUUCCUCAACUGGCAGGCUCAGUGGUUUGACUUCUCCACAGCUCUGCAGCUGAAACUGGAAUCUCCCGCAACCGUGGUCUCCGUCUUUGAUAAAGUGCAAAUGCAAGGGGACAAAGGGGCCGUGGCUGAUGUCAAUAUGCCGCCAGACUUGUCUACGUUUGACACGCUGAUGUUGGAUGCAUCGUUCUCGUGUCCCGGCAGCAGAGACGCGUCGUGUCCUCAGUGGGAUCACACGGUUCAACUCUUCGUGUGCUGCGAUCGCCUCGGACCGUAUUGCCACGUCGAGCUGGGACGCUGGAUCACCGCUUUCCGAAGAAGAAUCGGCCGUUGGGAGACAGAUGUGUCUCCGCUUCUUCCGGUGUUGGACGCCGGCGUUUGUCGCUUCACCAUGAAGACGGCUCCGUGGGCCAUGCCCUGGAUGGUUUCCCUCAACCUGAGGUUUAGCGUCGCCAACGUGACAAGCGAAAAGCUCCGCCCUUUCCGAAUGAUGUCACUGUACAACGGCGGGACUUUCGACAAGACGUACAACCGGCGCUACCCGCCAAUUAAGUUUCCUGUGCCCGCCUCUGCCAAAAAGGUGGAGCUCUAUGCCGUCAUCACAGGGCACGGCAGCGACGAAAAUGGAUGCGGCGAGUUCUGCGUCACUUCGCACCACUUCCUGGUCAAUGGCGUUCACAACAACACGCGAUCCUUCGACUCUGCGGGCUCAGCACUGGGCUGUACUGAGCACGUGAAGGAGGGCGCCGUGCCCAACGAGCACGGCACGUGGCUGUACGGCCGCGGGGGCUGGUGUGACGGGCUGCAGGUGGACCCCUGGAGGCUCGACGUCACCGCACAGUUGGAUGUUAGCGGUCAGGCGUCCAACACGAUUCAGUACUUUGGUCUGUUCAACGGCAAGGAUCCGGAUCCAACUCAGCAGCCAGGUUACAUUGUCAUGUCGUCUUUCCUCGUCUUUUACAAAUGAAUACCAAAAAUUUCCUCAAUCAAAAUUAAAUAAUUAAUUCAUCUCAUGGCCAUAGUGACCGUAA